UCGACAACUUGUUGGUUUUGCAUAGAUCGCAUCAACGCCGCUUCCGGAUCUAGAUUUAAAAAAAAAGUAAAGCAUUUCGGCCAACUUCCUCAUGCAGCUAAAUAGCGGAACAUGCAAGAUGAAUGCGUUGCAGCCAUGAAUGCCUUUCUCCGGACGGCCCUCUGUGUGUGUGCAAAGUGAGAAGAAAGGUGCUUCUCCCCCCCCCUGUCCCCCCGCACAAAGUUUCCAGAUAAUGGUGUUCGAUGCAAGUUAAUCUGUAACCUCGCCGUGCACGGGAGAGGCGGCAGCGGCUGGGAGACAGGCGGCGAAGCUGGUUUCAUUUCAGUGUCGGAAGGAGCUGGGCUUGAAGAGAUCCCAGGCUGUACAGAUAGAGUGAGUGAGAGAGAGAGGGAAGGGAACAAUGUCUUGGAACAGGGACGGGCUGGAUGCUAUGUCGGAGCAGGAGAUGAGCCUGCUGAAGCGGACCUUGGAGCUGGGUGCCGUUAUGACCGUGUUCAGCCUGAGGAAGUCCCAGCCCGAGAGGAGAACCUUGCAGGUGAUCAUGGAGACUCAGCAACUCUCCUGGAAUAGGACGGCGGACAAGAUCGAGGGUGUCCUUGAUUUACAAGAGAUCAAAGAACUCCGCCUUGGGAAAAACUCGAAGGACUUUGAGCAGAUUUCGAAAGAUCAAAGAGACAAAUACAGCGAUGAUGUUUGCUUCACGGUGUUCUAUGGCUCUGACUUUGUGCUGAACAAUCUCAGUUUGGCAGCUAAUUCAAAAGAAGAAGCUUCCAAAUGGGUAAAGGGACUGGAAAUCCUCUACAAAGAAGCUCAAAUUUCGCCAACGCCUUUACUAAUAGAAAGUUGGCUGAGGAAACAAUUUUAUUCAGUGGACUGCACACGGAGAAGCAGCAUCUCCCUCAAGGAACUGAAGCUGAUGCUACCUCAAGUGAAUUUCAAAGUACCAAAUGUAAAGUUCCUCAAAGACAAGAUGGGGGACAUGGGGAAUUCCAAGGAUGACGUUAGCUUUGAACAGUUUCACCAAUUCUACAAGAACCUGAUGUUCGAAAGCCAGAAAAUAAUUCUUGAGACCUUUAAAGCAGAGGGAUCUGUUUUUAUUCUUGGAAGAACAGACAAGCCCACUGCUUCAGUGUUGCACCUUCAUGAUUUCCAACGCUUUCUGCUCCACGAACAGAAGGAAUUGUGGGCCAGUGACGUGAAGAAAGUUCGAGAGCUGAUGACUCGAUGUAUUUAUGACACUUACAGAGAAACAAGUGAGCCAUUUUUUUAUGUGGAUGAGUUUCUCACAUAUCUGUUCUCAAAAGAAAACACAAUCUGGGAUACGAAGUAUGAUUCUAUUUGUGUCCAGGAUAUGAAUAACCCAUUGUCUCAUUACUGGAUCUCAUCUUCACAUAACACGUACCUCACAGGAGAUCAGCUUCGCAGCGAUUCAUCUACUGAGGCAUAUGCUAGGUGCCUUCGGAUGGGAUGUCGGUGUAUUGAAUUGGAUUGUUGGGAUGGGCCGGAUGGCAAACCCAUUAUUUAUCAUGGCUGGACACUUACAUCCAAAAUCAAGUUCGACGAUGUUGUUGAUGCCAUCAAAAUCCAUGCCUUUGUUACAUCAGAGUAUCCAGUCAUUCUUUCCAUCGAAGAGCACUGUACAAUUGAGCAGCAACGACAUAUGGCCAUCAAGUUCAAGGACACCUUUGGGUCAAUGCUUAUCACCAAACCAAUUGAAGCAAAUGCAGAACAGUUACCAUCCCCAGCACAGCUUACAAACAAAAUUAUCAUCAAGCACAAAAAACUGGAUACCCAGCAAGAGAACCUCUCUUCCACUGUAUACACCAGCUUCAAGGAGCUUGAAAAGAAAUCUGGAUUUCUCUAUCUUUUGGAUCCAAUUGAUUUGAAAUGGUACAAGCAUUAUUGUGUGAUCGUAGAUGGCAAGCUGUAUUUUGCAGAGUCAAGUGACGAUGAUAAUGAAUUCACAAAAACAUCAUGCCAGGAAAUUGAUAAUAUGAAUCGUCACUUUAAUGAGAAGUGGUUUCAUGGGAAGAUGGGCAAGGAUGGCAAACAGAGAGCCGAGAAGCUGCUGCAGGAGGUUUGUGCAGAAACAACAGGACGAGACGGGACAUUUCUGGUCCGUGAGAGUGAUACCUUCAAUGGAGUCUUCACGCUGUCAUUUUGGAGGAAUGGAAGAGUUCAGCAUUGCCGCAUUCGCACGUCCACAGAUGCAGAGACCACAAAAUAUUUCCUGACUGAUAAUUUAACUUUCAACAAUAUUUAUGACCUGGUGCAAUACUAUCAGACUGCGCCUUUACGAUGCAUUGAAUUUGAACUAUGUUUAACUGAAGCUGUACCAUGCCCAAAUCCUCAUGAAUUUCAGGAAUGGUAUUAUAAAAACCUAUGUCGAGGAGAAGCUGAAGACAUGCUGAUGAGGAUCCCGCGAGAUGGGGCGUUUCUGGUUCGAAAGCGAGAUGAGCCCAAUUCAUACGCCAUUACCUUCAGGGCUGAGAGUAAGGUUAAGCAUUGCCGCAUUAACUAUGAAGAUGGAAAGUACAUUCUAGGGACGUCAGCAGAGUUCGACAGCCUCGUGGAGCUGAUCAGUUACCACAAAAAGCAGGCAUUAUAUAGAAAAAUGAAACUCCGAUAUCCAGUCACAGAAAAAGUGCUUGAGCGGUACAACAUGCAAAAAGACUACGGCAGUCUCUAUGGUAUAAAUUACGUGGAUCCAAAUGAACUUGCACCUUCUAAGGGUUCGGUAAAAGCUCUGUACCAAUAUAAAAGCCAACAACAAGAUGAACUCACUUUUCCCAGAGGUGGCAUUAUCCACAAUGUCAAAAAACAAGAUCAAGGAUGGUGGAAGGGGGACUAUGGAGAUCAAAUACAAAAAUACUUCCCAUCCAACUACGUGGAAGUAAUUGCUGCUGAAAUUCAAGAAGAUAUUGGCAGCCAGAUAACAGAAGAUAAUCCACUAGGAGUAUUUUGCAUAGGAAUCGUGGAACUGGCUAACUGUUCUGUUGUUAAGCAGACAAAUGGGAUGCAUGAGAUGGCCUUUGUAUUCACGAUCCAACCUAAAGUUCCUGUGGAUGCUCCACCACUGGACAUUGCUACUGAAUCAUUGGAAGAUUUAUUUUCAUGGUACCAUGAAAUGGUACAAAAUUCUCAGAAGAUAUAUGUACAGGAGGAAAAUCGAAAUGAGAUGGAGAAGAAGCAACAAAUUGCCAAAGAGUUAUCUGAUUUAGUUGUGUAUUGCAGGCCUGCAAAGUGCAAAGACAUUUUUCCAACUGCAAAAGACAUUAUUGAUUACAAAGAAAUAAGAUCAUUUGCAGAAAAUAAGGCAGAAGCUAUCCUGAAACAAAAGUCCAAAGAGUUUCGGGAAUACAACCGUAAGCAACUAUCCAGAAUCUACCCCAAAGGCCAACGCAUUGAAUCUUCCAACUAUGACCCAAUUAUGUUGUGGCAACAUGGAUCCCAAAUGGCGGCUCUAAAUUAUCAAACGCCAGAUAGGUCAAUGCAGCUGAAUCAAGCUAUGUUUAAUAUGAAUGGAAAAACUGGGUAUCUGCUACAGCCUGAAUCUUUGAGAAGUGACAAUCCAAAUAAACACCGACCAUAUUCCAUUAAAGUAAAACUACUUGGUGCCCGUCAUCUACCCAAACCUGGGAGGAGUCUAGUCUGUCCUUUUGUAGAAGUGGAACUGUGUGGGCCUGAGAAUGACAAUGAGAUCAAGAAGUUCAAGACAGCGGUGAUAAAUGAUAAUGGCCUUAAUCCGGUGUGGUCAGGGGCAACUGAAGAGCAACAUAAGGAAUUUAUCAUCCAAGAUCCCUCUUUAGCUUUUCUCCGAUUUGGUGUGUAUGAAGAGGACAUGUUCAGUGAUCCAAACUUCUUGGCUCAUGCCACUUUCCCCAUCAAAGGAAUCAAAACGGGUUACAGGGCAAUUCCUCUUAAAAAUGGUUACAAUGAAGAUAUUGAAUUAGCAGCUCUUCUAGUCCAAUGUGAAGUGAAUCAUUUAGGGACGGGUGAAGAAGAACUGUACUCCUCGCGUCUGCAGUUACGGCAGCGGCCCGUUGAAGGGUUGUACGAUACUGCCCCAGUCAGGCAGCGGACACUAGAAGGAUUGUAUGGCAGCAGCAGCACGCCCCGGCAGAGGCAAGCGUGUGAUCCGAUGUUAUACGAUUCCAACACACUGCCAGCUGGCCGGAGCGGAGGACAGAGGGACCAACUUCCAGAGGUUCCAAAGAGGAGAGGCAAAGAUAAGGAAAAGAGAGUUGCUCACACCAGCAAGUUUUAAGUGUGAAAGAAGAUUGCCUUUUGUCCACAUCCAUGGUGCCAACAUAUUGUACAGCAAAAAUAUUGAUUAUUGUAAAUUAGGAAAUUGAUGGUUAAUAGAUCAGUAUAUUUAGUGGUUAUUGCACUAUAUCUUGUUAUUAUUUUUGUUAGAUAUUAGAAUCAUUAAUCUUCCCACUUCAAUAAAGUGCCUUUUAUUUUCCACAUUAAAUGACCUGUUGACUCCAAAGGCUUUCCAAAGAAUCUGCCCUACAAAUGAUAAUCAAUUUAAAGGUUAUCACAUUUACAAUCCCAUGAAAUGAUCUUCGGAUAAAGUAGACAUAAAGAACUGCAGAUGCUGGAAUCAUAAGCAAAAUACACAAAGUGCUGGAGUAACUCAUCGGGUCAGGCAGCACAUCUGGAGUACACGGAUGGGUGACAUUUUGAGUUGGGACCCUUCAGAAACGUCAUCAAUCCAUGUUAUCCAUAGAAGCUGUCUGGCCCUCCACGAAAUUACUCCAGCACUUUGUGUUUUACUCAUUUUCAGAUGAACUUGAGUUGAUUUAUCAAGUUUGAACUCUGGUAAAAAACAGAUUGGGUUGGCACAGUGGCAUAGCUGGUAGAGCUCACAGCACCAUAGACCUGGGAUCAAUCCUGACCUCAGGUGCUGUCUGCGUAGAGUUUGCAAAUUCUCCCUGUGACUCCGUGGGUUUCCUCCAGAUGCUUCAGUUUCCUCCCACAUACCAAAGACAUGCGGAUUUGUAGGUAAAUUGACCUCUGAAAAUUGCUCCCCGUGUGUCGGGAAUAGAUGUGUGAGAUAACAUAGAACUAGUGUGAACAGGUAAUCGAUGGUCAGCAUGAACUCGGUGGGCCGAAAGGCCUGUUUCCAUGCUAUAUCCUUCAACCAAUCAAAAUGAUUUCAAAAUUAUUAUGGAUUGCAAAUGGGAUUUAAAUAUUAAAGUGAAUUAUAAAAAUGAUAGAUUGAGAAGCAAAAUACUGCAGAUGUUAUAAAAUUGAAAU